AAAAAAACGUAUGGCACUUGCUGCGUACGUCAUUUGGAUUUUCAAUGGCUCGCACACCUCGGCAAAAGAGCGUCUAAAACUUCGACAAUAAGUUUUUACGCGGAGCCGUUUGAAAGUCAUAGCAUUACUUUUAGCACAACUUUUGACGUAAAAAGUUUUGGCGUGCUUACAACCGGCAAACAUAAAAGCUAAAAAGUGCGUUAGCGUUAGCAACUAACGCGUUCGACGGCCUUAUUGUCACCCAAACUCAUUUCUUUGACUUACGUGCUGAUAGAAAGUAUUUAGAACUGCAAAGCAGGCAGUGCGUGUAAAUAUGACUGUGAAAUUAUUUCGUAGUUUUAGCAACAAACGUGCGUCGCUCGCUGCCCGUGUCACUCGAGCAGACAGUUGCGCCACACGUCCAGAAGGUGGCAGCAGCUCUCCGGAAGCGUCACAGAGAGGAUACCCGGCCGUCAACGUCACGCCCCCGCAGCCACCGCCCACACUCGUGGUGCAAAUGUCAACGCGCGGCUCGGCAGCCGCAUCGACCGGGCGCUCCCAAAAAGCGUCCGCUCGGCUUCUCUUUUUGCUGAAUCGGGCCUUUGGUGGCCUUUGGUAGCGCUGGCGAUGCGCAAAAUGAUGGAGACGGACGGAAAGCGUCGAUGUGGUUGCUAUGGCCACGGAACAAACGAUGACCCGCCGGGACUAUCCCUCACGGGACGGAGCCGUGCGCUUCUCGCAUUACUGGCGAUACGUCACAAGUGGAGCCUUGCCAUGCCAAAUAUUUGCUACAAACUUCCGGUCUAAAUCAGGCACACAUGAGCCCCCCCCCCGUCCCCAAUUUGGUGUGCAGAGAUUCUAUCUGUGCCGCCCGGUGUCCCGUGUCACAGGAAGACGAGCGUAUGGAGCGGAGGUGCACGCCAAUGCAAAAGCCUUCACUCUUCCAGCCUCGCUGCAGGUCCCAAACGUUUCCAUUUGGCCACCAAAAGGUGAACAAAUGGAAUAUACGGUUGAGAAUCGGCCCAAAGCACGUGGGUCCCUCAAGGCAGGAAUAACUUCAGAAUGGCGUGGCGGUGCAGUGAUUCUUGCAGGUUGAGCACAGGUGCGUUUUAUUUUGAAAGUCAUACGAGGAAACUGCCCAUGUGUGUUGCUUGCUUGCCGGCUCGGGGUGUGAAGGUGCAGGCAGCGCCCCCACCGUGCUCAUUUCAAGUGUCUCUCUGGGACUCUUGGACGCCCCCCCCCCCCUUCCCCCACGCUCCGCAUCCCCCACUCCUCUGUCUCUCUCUCUCUCGCUCUCUCCAUUUAUCUGUCCCUUCUUGUCCUCGUGCCAUCUCUCACUCGUGACUCAGUGUUUGGGGCGGAGUGGGGGUCUGCAGCAGUGAUGUCACGCCGCUGAGAGAUUAGAGCGUCGGGGCCAAGGUGAGUACACCGCGGAGUCCCUCCACUGGCCGGCCUUGCCCGCGGACGAGGCGGCGAAAGAUGCUCAUCGCCGGCGCUGCCACUCCAAGCUCGGACGCGCUCCCUCCCUCCCGCCGCUCGGAUCCCGGGCCAUGGCGCCUUGAGUCGCCUCCCCCGCCACGCCAAAAGCCUGGGCCAUGCCGCAGGACAGGAAGUAGGACGAGCUGCGUUUCUAGGGCAGGUGUCCUCCGUGCGCCCCCUGCAGCUUCAUGGCGGCUGCGCAAAGGCGCCUCCGCCGCAGCGUGACGCUGCCGGCGGCCGCGCUGGUACUCUGGACUUGCGUGUGGGGGGCGGUGGCCCCGAGCAGCGGCGGGGCCAACGGCACUGAGGUGGAGCGGCGCUGGGAGAUGCUUUUUGCGCGUUCCUACCUGGGCCUCGCCGGCGGGCGGGCGCAGCCCAGCUGGCAGAAUGACUACCUGCGCGGCAUCAAGCGGGUGCGCCGCCUCUACUGCAACGUGGGCAUCGGCUUCCACCUGCAGGUGCUCCCGGACGGACGCGUCGCCGGCUCGCACCUCGAGGACCCGCACAGUCUUCUCGAGAUCUCCAGCGUGGAGCGAGGAGUGGUCAGCCUGUUCGGCGUCAAGAGUGAGAUGUUUGUGGCCAUGAGCCGCAGGGGGAGGCUCUACGCUGCGAGGCUCUUUGGCGACGAGUGCAAGUUCAGGGAGACGCUGCUGGCCAACAACUACAACGCCUACGAGUCUUUUGUUUACAAGGGCUUCUACGUGGCCCUGAACCGGCAGGGGCGGCCGCGCCGAGGCGACAGGGCCACCACCUCCGCCACCGGCACCCACUUCCUCCCUCGGUUGUGAGCGAUGCUGCCGCCGCUGGCGUUUGCACAUGCAGAUAUCCCCCCCCCCUCCCCCCUCCAGGUAACGCCAAUGAACUUGUGAGUCUGUUAGUGUGUCAAAGUAUAUUUGGAGAGCUGUCUUUCUAUAUGCGCUGCUUUCGGGGCCUUUGCAACUCUCACUCGGUGCUUGCUGCGCGACACUAUAUGGACUCCUGAUCAUUCUGUCCGACUAUGGUGACAGAGCACAGAACCCGACAGCAUGAAUUAGCUGUGGGCACAGGACGCACAUCUGCAAUUGUUCCAAAAGUCACAAAGUGGUGCCUUGCGAUAUGACUUUGCUUCAUCUUUACGACCAAUCGCGAGAAUUACAAAUAUUUAAAAUGAGCUGUAAAUGCGCUUUGCUAAAUGCUGUUAGUGACAAUGCGAAAAAGCCAAAGAUGGCUUACGCAAUAAUGGAACUUUUCCCACAAAAUGUGACUAUUGUAGCUUACUGAGAAUCUGUGACAUUGCUACUGCCCCCUGGUGGCCAAGGUACACACAUCAGAAGAGACAGCCCAAUAAACUGGCAAAAAGCAUACUUGUUAUUAAUGAUUUGUAUUUAUUAAUAGUUCAACAUUGUAUAUAAUAAUAUGAUUUAGUGCACGUUUUGAUCAAGUACAAUAUCAUAGCAUGCUUGAAGAGUGUUUCACAUUGCAAGCGUGGUCGUGGAACAAAUCCAACUUGUAUCUCAAGGCACCGCGUGCAGUCCAUAUAGUGUAUGUCGCUGAGACUGAAGAAGAGUGAUCCAGCUUAAAAUUCAAAGCAGCAAGUUCUGGAUGUAGGAUGCACGGAAGAAAUUUGCGUGUGCGUGCGUGACAGAAUUUAAAUGCACUACUUUAGCCGUACGAUUUAAAAAGGUGCCUUGGCGCCCCCCCCCCCUUUCAACUUGCAUGUAAAGAGACACCGGGCUGAGGCAAAAAAUAGGAAUGACGAUCUGCUGCGGGCCUCAAGGAAGGGAGGGAGGGGUGGGGGUCCGUCUUUCUGAUGUAAUUAGCCCAGGCGGCCGCUCCGCCAACGCGGAAUGACGACCGGAGGUUGUGGCGCCUCCAAAGUCCAACACAAUCUUCUAUGCUAGUUAUCCCCAAAGAGACACAAUGCAAUUCGAAAAUGUGGCCUCCAUGUUUGUGUUGGUGUGUGUCCUUGGCCUUCCCCCCCAAUAUGUGCAGUAGCAGCCAGCAGGAAAAGACAAUGCGAAAACAAACGCUCGUGUUGUCAGCCCAACCCCUCCCGGCUUUGCCCUUUGCUCAAUUCUAUCUGCAACAAACUUGUCCUUAGCCGAGCGCCAUUGCCCUUCUAUUUAUUCCCUUCCUGUUUGGGCGGCAAGCUACUUGGGUGUCAGUUUUUUGCACACCCUGCUGUUUGCCCCUGAAUGACUUAUGCCUCAAAUUCCACAUGCUCAACGUAUAGGGUGAAAAGCAUUUGUCCAACCUGUCUAAUGAGAGCACCUCUUUUGACCUCUAGCUCCCCCCCCCCAGCCCUUCUAUCUCUAACUUAUUGACUGCAUAAUAGCGAAAAAAAGAACCUGUCCUCAAUAAAAGCAUCUUGAUCUAAAAGAGCGAAGUUUGCCAAUCCGAAUUCUUCCUCAUCAGCUGAAUGUCGACUGUCAUGUUUGCAUGAGCGCCUUCACCUGCUGCCUUAGUUUGAGUGUGGCUAAAAAGAAGGACAGAAAAGAAAAAAGAUUGACUGCUGCGAAAGCAAAGAGAGUUGGAGUCUUUAUUUUUGUAUGUAUGUGCUGUGCACAGCAGUCAACUGUAUUCCUCAGAUAAUAAAAACUUUGGAAGAACUCA